AUGCUGGUGGAUGAUAUUGGCGAUGUUACAAUCACAAAUGAUGGAGCAACCAUUUUGAGGAUGCUGGAAGUCGAGCACCCGGCUGCAAAGGUUCUUGUUGAGUUGGCCGAGCUCCAAGAUCGGGAGGUUGGUGAUGGAACAACAUCUAUUGUCCUCAUAGCUGCAGAGAUGCUCAAGGGAGCCAAUGAACUUAUGAGGAAUAAAAUCCAUCCGACCUCAAUUAUUAGUGGCUACAGGCUUGCUAUGCGUGAGGCUUGCAAGUAUGUCGAAGAAAAGCUCUCUGUCAAGGUUGAUAAACUUGGAAAAGAUUCCCUUGUUAACUGUGCAAAAACUAGCAUGUCUUCAAAAUUGAUUCAUAGCGACAGUGAUUUCUUCGCAAAUCUGGUUGUCGAGGCAGUUCAAGCUGUGAAGACUACAAAUGCUAAGGGAGAAGUGAAGUAUCCAAUCAAGAGCAUUAAUAUUUUGAAAGCUCAUGGUAAAAGCGCUAAAGAAAGUUACCUGCUCAAUGGUUAUGCGCUGAACACAGGCCGCGCAGCUCAAGGAAUGCCUACAAAAGUAAUGGCUGCUAAAAUCGCUUGUCUUGAUUUUAACCUCCAGAAGACAAAAAUGCAAAUGGGCGUUCAAGUUCUUGUAUCUGAUACAAGAGAACUUGAGAAGAUCCGUCAGAGAGAAUCUGACAUAACAAAGGAGCGAAUUGAGAAAAUUCUCAAGGCCGGUGCUAAUGUUGUAUUGACCAUCAAGGGAAUUGAUGAUAUGUCAUUGAAGUACUUUGUUGAGGCUGGAGCAAUUGCGGUGAGGCGUGUGCGUAAGGAGGAUUUGCGUCAUGUUGCCAAGGCAACUGGUGCAACAAUGCUGAGUACUUUUGCUGACAUGGAAGGUGAAGAAACAUUUGAUCCAUCAUUCCUUGGACAUGCUGAUGAAGUUGUGGAAGAAAGAAUUGCCGACGAUGAUGUAAUUCUGGUGAAAGGCACAAAGAACACUAGUGCGGUCUCAAUUAUACUUAGAGGAGCGAAUGACUUGCUAGAUGAGAUUGAGCGGUCUUUGCACGAUGCACUCUGCAUUGUGAAGAGAACACUGGAAUCCAAUAUGGUAGUUGCUGGUGGUGGUGCAGUAGAAGCUGCAUUGUCUGUGUACUUGGAGAAUCUCGCUACUACUCUUGGCUCUAGGGAACAACUUGCGAUUGCUGAAUUUGCAGAAUCAUUGUUAAUUAUCCCAAAGGUUCUUUCUGUUAAUGCUGCAAAGGAUGCAACUGAGCUUGUCGCAAAGCUUAGGGCAUAUCAUCAUACCGCUCAAACAAAGGCUGAUAAGCAACACUAUUCAAGCAUGGGUCUUGACCUUGUGAAAGGAAUCGUCCGCAACAACCUUGAAUAUGGCGUAAUUGAGCCAGCAAUGAGCAAAGUAAAGAUUAUUCAGUUCACCACUGAAGCGGCCAUUACUACUGUAAGGAUUGAUGACAUGAUCAAGCUUACAAAGGAAGAGUCUGGGAACGAAGAGUAACAUCUUAGGCACUCCCAUUUUUUUAGGGCAUCUAGUGGACUGAUGAUGUGAUGGCUGGCUGUUAGACUUAGAAUGCUCUUAAUGUUUUUGUUGCUCUUGCAAUUCAUGGAUAUUCCCGUAGAAUGUUGUACGAAAGUAAACCUUUCUUUUACAUCUUGUACGAAAGUGGACCUU